AUGAAAAAGGACAGAAAAAUCCAAGAAGAAAGAUGCAGUGAUACACAACCAUGCAAACACCAACACCAACACCAUAACAACAAUUACAACGUUCUGUUGACUCCUUCUGUAUCCAUUUAUACUUCAUUUUUAUACUACUAUUUAUUUUCAAAAAUUAAAUAAAAUAAAAUUAAAAUUAAAAAAAAUUAAUGAAUAAAAUUAAAUUCCAUCUCCCAACUCUCCCUAAUUAAUACGGAGUAACUCAUUUUCUCUCUCAUAAUUUUUAUUUUUUAUAAUUUUCUCUCUCUAUCACUUUCUCCCUCUUCACUUCACCCCCCACUCACCUCCACUUCACUACCCAACAAACCUCCUUUUUCUUCCUCCUCCUUCUCCAUCUUCUUCCUCCCACCCGACCCGAACCCGACCCAUUCAACCCGAACCCACCUCCAUUUUCACUUUCUCUCUCCUCUCCUUCAAAAACCCUAAAACCCCACCUCCUCGAUCUCACCCUCCCAUUGCCAAAACCCCGAUUUUGCUGCCGACAACCUACGGCAGCGAACACGGUGGUUCCGGGUGUUUUUCCGGCGGAAUCAACGGCGGUUGUGGUGUCGGAGAGAGAAAGUAAGAAAGUUACGAGGAUGUAUAAGAACCAGCUACAAGAGCUGGCACAGAGGAGUUGCUUUAACUUACCCUCGUAUACUUGCAUUCGAGAAGGUCCCGAUCACGCGCCUAGGUUUAAGGCCAUCGUUAACUUCAAUGGCGAAAGCUUUGAGUCUCCUCAGUAUUGUUCUACGCUUCGUCAAGCUGAACACGCCGCCGCCGAAGUUGCGCUCAAUUCUCUCUCUUCUCGCGGUCCUUCUCACUCUCUCGCUGCCAGAAUCCUGGAUGAGACAGGGGUUUACAAAAACCUUUUACAAGAAAUUUCACAAAGAGUUGGAGCUCCAUUGCCACAUUACACAACUUACAGAUCGGGCCUAGGGCAUCAACCUGUUUUCACUGGUAAAGUGGAACUUGCUGGUAUCAUAUUCACAGGGGAGCCAGCCAAAAAUAAAAAACAGGCAGAGAAAAAUGCAGCUUUGGCUGCUUGGCAGUCUCUAAAACAAUUGGCACAACAGUCGGGGAGCUCAUCAUCAUCAUCAGAGCAAGAAAACAGUGACGAACUUGAGCAGGUGACUAUAGCCCGAGCUUUGUUGAGUUAUCGGCUGAGGGAGAGGAUGACAACUGCAUCAAGUAAACCCUUGCCAUUCCCCCAAACAUUCCCAAUCCAGAAUCCAAGGCCUUCAAGCCCACAGCGUCGUCCAGUGACAGCAUCCAAGAUUCUUCCGCUCAUCUGCCCAAAGAAGACACCACCUCGAGUCCGACCCUUGUCAUUUUCAUUAUCUGAUAAUAUGGUCCCAUCAUCCCAGUCCCAGAUUCCAGAAUCCCGAGGAGCUCAGUCCCAGAGAUUCUUAGGCAUGGGGGCACCUCCAUACAUUCCAAUACGCCAUGUGCGAUCACCGUGCCAUGGUAUUGCACAGCCAGUGACUAUUAGGAAUUCUGUGCCUUGCUACUCUGCACCACCCAUUCCCCGAUCAUCAGCUGCAGCUCCUCCGGUAAUGAGAACAGCUCCACCUGUGCGCAUUGCACCACCAGUAUGCAUCAGGCAAAGUAUUCCUGUUUUCUCUGCUCCACCAUGUCCAAAGGAGAACCCAUCAACUGUUCCUCUUCCGGAGUCUAGCAAAGCUUUAGAUAAAGUAGAAGCAGUUCAGGAAUCAGCUGAAAGAGAAUCUCAAGAAUCUACAAAAUCUGAUCCGAUUGUGAAACCUCUUCCCCCAUCCACUUUGUGUCCUACUGUGACAAGGGCUUCCCCUGUUCGAAUUGCACCGCCUGUCUGUAUUAGACAGGCUAAUCCUGUUUGUGCUGCCCCACCACCUGAAAAGGGUAGUCCAGCAUCAUCAAUGGAGCCAAGAGAUCCUGUUAGGGAGGUGGCUUGUGAAGAGGAAACUCAAAAUUCAGCAGUAGAGAAGUUGAAACAGCUCAAACUCUGAAAAAUGCUUGUAAGGAGGAAUGUAGAUCUCUAGGAGUAUCACAUCAGGGAGUAUGAUUUUGGUUCUGGUUUUUGAUCUUUGGUUGUCGAUGCCAUCUUGUAUGAAUGUCCACCCCCCGUUUUCUGUCUUUUUUUUUUCUCCCUUUUUUAGUUUUAUUGUAUUUGAGUUGGCAUAUCGUCGAUGUUUCUCUAUAGCUAUAUCCCUUGAAACCAAUAUAUUAGUAACUUAAUGUUAAAUUGGCUCAGCAGCCAAGUAUCAAAAAUGGUUUACCAUAUUGUUUGAGGUGGUGCUUUUACAA